AUGUGUUUCCGUGAUUUUGGUGUUCUGUUCAAAGUGUUUUCAACUAACACCUUCAUUUCGCCUUCUCAAUUAGCCCCUCAGAUUGAGUUGAAGGUAAACGUUGAAACCAAUCCCCCAAGAAUUACUUGGAGCAUUGAUGCAAACCUGGGCAUAGAAGCUUUUCAAAUAAUUGUGUGGGACAAACCAGACUCUGAGGAAAUCAUCCCUGUGGGCUCCGUCACAAGUUUGGAACUUACAGACCUGGCCAAGUGUAUUGAAUAUACGGUGCAAGUCAUGGCCGUUAAAGAAGGACUACCUUUACUUGAGAUCUGCUCCGCUCCAGUGAGCUUCACAAUUCUAGAAGGAGUGUAUACACCCAAGCUGACAGUUGAAAAUACAGCACCCGAUGAGGUUCACGCCAGUUGGACAGAGCCAACCAGCUGUCAAGCGUCUGAUUACAUCUACAAACUGAGUGUUACUCACGCAGGGUCCGAACCCAGGACAAUCACGAAGCUGUUUCCAACGACAGACCUUGAGAGUCCGACCCACCUGAGAUUGUUAGCGAUGAACGCGUCACAUCUCACACUAAGUUGGAUAGAGAGCGCGGUUUGGGAUAUCUGUGGGACCGUAAAACACGUUGUCACCGUCGUUCCCCUUGAUGGAGAUCCUCCCACAAUUGUCACAGUGGAUGGCACCUCGGCAACUGUCUCAGUCAAUGAAUGCAGUUGGUAUGAGAUCUAUGUGCAUAUGGAAACUGCCGACUCCAUGUUCCGCAGCGCCAGGUCAAAUGGGAUUGUGUUGCAGUCUCCACUAAGACCAUACGGCGUGCCUGAUUUUGAGAUAGUGAACUUAAAUCCUGGGAUUCAGAAAAUCAGUUGGAAUGGUGGAGUUGAGUGGACCAGCGAGUGCGUUAGAAAAUACGAUGUGACGAUAAGUCCCGUUAAAUCCCUGGGGAAAGAAUUCAAAUUCACCAUGUUAUCUGGCGAUCCUGGAGCAAUAACUGGCGAACUGUUGCCAUGCACUGAGUACCAGUAUACCGUCAGUUCAGGUUCCGAAUCUAAGACAAAGAUAUUGAAGACAUUGCCAUCAAGCUUUUUGCCGACAGAUGUGACGGCUGUGAUAAAUUCACCGAAUGCCCUUAAGGUCAACUGGGGUGCUCCGCGCUGCGUGGAAUCCAUUGGUGAUGUCCACUACUCCGUAACUAUCAGACCUUCGAACGAGGGUUCGGAGACGAUGAAGCAAGAGGUGGCUAAGGAUUCCUUGACACAAGGGGCUGUGGAAUUUCAAGUAAAGCCAUGCACUGCCUAUCUUGUUUACAUGGAAGCUGAUACGAUGGGUUUGAAGGAUCGCUCAAAACUCAUCAUGGUGAAAGAUGGCAGAGCGAAAACGAAGGAUUCAACUGGAUUCCAGAACCGGAACCUGAUCCGCAGCCUCACUAACAGAGCGAAGAAAAUAUGCUCUGAGGAUGCACUGGAACACGAAUGGCGAACUCUCACCAACGUCCUGAGAGACAAUGGAUUCCCCGACAAAUUUAUUACAAAACAUUUGAGCAGGGAGGAAGCAAACACCAACACAGCCACAGCUGGAAGGAAACCAGUUUACACUAGCCUCCCAAUGAAGGAACACAAUCCACCCUGGCUAGCUUCUGGAACUAGGAGGACGGUAACCAGCUCCGAAGUACAACGUUUAGCUGACACUGCACACAACGUCAUACCCAGCCAAAGUUUCCGCGUUUUUUACAAGACGCCGGCUAACCAACCUAGAUCAGUACAGCAGCGCACAAUUGCAGUGGCUGAAGCUAUCGCCAUACGACAUCGCGACCCGAUUCUUUGUCGGCAAAAACGCUUUGUUCAUAUCGAAAAACCCAAAGUGACCGUCACCAACAUCGAGCCUGGAGUGCAGAAAGUUAGCUGGACGGAUCCAAUUGCAGCACCGGAAUGCAGGCACCUUUUUGAGGUACAACAAACUAAUGUGUUCACUGGCGGGCAGGUUACAAUCACAGUUUCAGCAACUGAAAGAAUCUUCGUCGAACUGACACACUGUACCAAUUACGAAUACACGGUUCGCGUGGUAGGUGAACACGUCAGCGGACAAAAGUCAGAUCCAGUGAGAUUGGUCACCAUUUCUCCAAAACCAGAAACACCAACUCUGAUUGAAGUCACCGUCGAAGGUCCAACGUCUGUGAAGUUAACAUGGAGCACACCCAUACCCCAUGACCACUGCAGCCAUACAGGAUACAUUGUUACGGCUCAGGCGGCCAACGAUCCGUCGAUUCGUGCAACUACUGAUUUGCAAUAUAAAACACUUACCGUGAAGACCUGUACUUCCUAUCUUGUGGCUGUGCAAGCACAGUACUCCGAUGGGUCAUUGAGCGAGAAAUCACAGUUCAGAGCUGUCACAACUCCGGCCUAUGUUUACACAUGUAUUCAUCCCGGUCCCAUAGAGCCUGCGGCGCCAGUCGAUCUGCAAAUAUCUGUGAACUCAGCACACAAACAAGUUCUCAAAUGGAGGGAACCCCACCCUGGGUACAAGUGUCCACAUAUGUACGAACUGGAGCGGACUGAAACUGGACCUGAAGGAACCAAUGUGAAGCAUAUCCGGUUCGAAUCAAUAACUCACGAAUAUGUUGUUCUCUCAUUGAAACCGCGGACAAUCAACUCUUACAGGCUUCGCAUUAUUGGUCUUCCGGGGAAUGUCGUUGGACCGUACUCGGUUGCAACCAGCAAAAGAACUACAGGAAAAGAAACGCUCGCCAGUACGCUAUCAGAUCAUAUGACCACCAUCGAUUCAUCCGAAAGUACGAUCUCCCUUCGUGUGAACUUCUCUAGCCUGGUGGGAAUUCCCGAUCUGCAAGUCUUGUCACUGUUGAUUCAACCACAACCAGAACAAUCGCCCAUUGGACGAGAAUCAGCGAUAUUCCCAAAGCAUGUCACAAAAUUUCCGACGGCCUGUAAUAAAAUCGAGCCUGAAUUGGAUGAAGGAAGCACGAAGGCUAGGAUACUGCCAAGUUGCCCAAGCCUAGACAGGGGAAGUCGAGAGGCAGAUGUUGGAUUCGAACCACGGACCUUCCGGUCAGUGAAUAGUUGGAACAAUCGCCUACACCAUGGUACAGAAGCGUGGGAGUGGAAGCUGUGGGAGAGAUCCGAGCAUGCGUCACAUCAGACAGCUCAUGAUGGAACAAUCAUUUUGGGCCAGACUGUACCGUGCAGUGAUAGUCCCUAUUGCGAACCAGGUCAACUAAUGCCAGGAUCAAUUUAUGGAAUUCAGCUGAGAUUAUACAGUCCGAAUGGUGUUUUCACGAGCCAUCAAAUCUUCGCCGCCACAAAAUCUGACCUUAUCUGCCUCAAAGUACUGCUUGGCGUUUUUGCCGCUGUUGCUGGUUGUGCAGUCAUCCUAGCCAAGUUCGCCUACACCUGCCACACAAGCGCUUCAUGGGAUCGUCUAGAAGCUGAGGCAGUAAAGGUAGAAACUGAACGGAAACCAGACAAGACGAACAAAAAAAGAUCAUGGACAGAACAAGUGCAACGUGUAGGAAGAUAUUCCAUUAUGCGAGAUGAUGAAGAAGGGUCAAACUUUCGUCGUACAGGCUACAUGCCAACAAAUAGUGUGGUUCAAACAGGAAGGACUAUUGGUGAACUGCGCGCAUACCUAGACGAAUGUCUUCAACCUACGUGCAUGCAGCUGGAUGAAGAGUUUACUACUUUACGACAGAAUUGUCUGAAGAAAGAGAUAGAUGAAAACAUGACGACGAAUAUUGCCACAGACCCGAAGAAUCACGCACUAAAUCGAUAUCCGGAUAUCAUACCAUACGACCAUAAUGCUGUGCUCCUGAGUGGGAAUAACCCUCUGCAAAAGGAGGUCCAUGAUUCGAACCCGAUCUCUACCUCUCGCCUUUCCCUGUCAAGGUUUGCGCAACCUGGAAGUAUCCAAGCCCUCGCGCUUCCUUCUGGUGGCAUGAAAAUUGGACAUUACAUAAAUGCCAGCUACAUUUAUGCCGUAAACCCAAGCAAAGACGCUCAAGCUGCACCAAAAUUGAACCCAGCACGUGUGGACUUUAUCGCAGCGCAAGCGCCUUUGAAGAAGACGAUUGCAGACUUUUGGGAAAUGAUUGCCGAAAAUCAUGUUUCAUUGAUCGUAAUGCUUACACAAUUGGUGGAGGAUAACGUGCCGAAAUGUGCCAGAUACUGGCCAGAUGAGGUGUAUGCGACCACGAUUCACAUGUCUCAUGGUAACGAAUUGGCAGUGACGCUGAUUGCGGAAGAAGAUUAUCCAAGCUAUACAAUAAGAAAGAUCAGUCUGGUAGAUUUCGAUGUAGCUUCGGGGUUAAGGCACAGAUUUACUGACCGGAGGGUUGAUGGUUCGAUCCCAACCACUUUACCUCGACUGGUGUUGCCAAAGCUUGGGCCACCUAGUAGUAUCGCAGCCCUAGUGCUUCCUUCGGGCUGGGAACUAGACACUGAAAGUGGGCUGCAGCUGAAGGAUUUUUUAAUUUUUUUAACACUGUUAAUAGUCGUGCACUUCAGCUACCCGUGUGACCUGUUUUUCGUCUUGAGCUCAGAAGAUGCUGUAUCCACAACUGUGACUCAGUUGCAAAUGAAAUUGUGGCCGGAACACGGAGUCCCCUACUUGGCGGAUUUUACUGCAGUCAUCAAUGAAUACCAAAAACUAAAAGUGAUUGAAGAGAACAGAGGUGCACCCACCCUAGUUCAUUGCAGCACCGGUUCCGCCCGCAGUGGAGUUUUCAUUGCCGCAGACAUCAUCAAACGACAACUGGAUAGUGGUGAAGGUCUGUUUGACAUUCAGGGGACAGUGGAACUGCUUCGUGAAUGUCGCAUGCAUAUGGUUCAUAAAGUG